AUGGUAGCUUCGGCCGCGUCAUCCCGAACCCUGCUGACGAUGCGCCCAUCUGGCCAGCGCGCGUUCCACAUCAGCGCUAUGAUGGGGGAGGAGGCGCGGCGCUUCCAGUCAGGCGGUCAAGAGCCCUCCGCGCGUGUAUUCGUGGAUCACACGGUGUACAAGGGCAAGGGCGCUCUCAGUUUCGUCCCCAUUGCCCCUCGCUUCCGAGUCACCCAGACGGGAGCAUACGCAUUGGCUCGUGAGGGCUCCGUGCUGCUGAACUUUGCCAACGCCAUCGGCACGCGGAAAUACGACUGGGACAACAAGCAGAUGUUCUCCCUGUCAGUAUCGGAGAUCGGGUCAGUGCUGGGGCUGAACCCAGAGGACAAGCUCGACUUCUACCACGACCCCUCCAAGGGCAGGAGUGAAGAGGGUCAGGUGCAGAAGGUGCUGCGCAUCCAGCCAUUCAAUGACUUCACUGGAUUCUACUUCAGUCUCAAUGUGAAGGACGCUCGCAGGGGUGUUGAUGAUCGUUUUUCUGUGCCUGUCACCAAGGCGGAAUUCAUUGUGGUCCGAAGCGCCAUGAAU